GCGAGCGCGAGCAGGCCCCUUUCACCCUCUCUUAUUCUGAAGCGCGCUACAGGUUUCGAAGCAUAUGGUUGAUUCCGCGACGUUUCGCUCUACCUGUACCACCUGUUCCGUCCCACCGGCAGCUUCUACACACCUCACGCAACCUUUCAUAUCGAUCUAGGAACGCUGGCGUGUGUUCUGCUGAGCGUUGUGCGGCCGAAAGCGUCAUACCAGAGUGUUGAAUGUCAAAGGUUUCAGCUUGCAGUGCGGCAGUGGGUUCCUGUUGGACGCGCGAAACCUCGUGACAGCUGACAUCUCCGCCGAUGUCAAAUAGGAGAGUGAUUACUAACUCUUGCGGUGCUGGCGACUGUGAAUAUGUAUUGCUUCAAGACGCAACAAUGAAGAUGGAACCAUAUGAUCGUGAUCUGAACGUCGGCCAGGACCUACGAGGGUUCACUCUUGGCUAUGGACUGACCCAGCUGCUUGGACUGGGCUGUGUCCUCAUGGUGGUGGUUUGGACGAGCCACUACUUUGGCGGCUUCUCUGGCCCCAGCAAUCCCAAGACGGAGUUCAACUACCACCCAGUCUUCAUGGUUCUGGGCAUGGUUUUUCUUUAUGGGAAUGGCAUCCUGGUAUACCGUGCACUGAGGAGUGAGCGCAAGUCACGCCUCAAACUGCUGCAUGGUGCCCUGCAUGCCCUGGCUUUCCUGUCUUCAGUGGUGGCCCUGAAGACUGUCUUUGACUCGCACAACCUGGCCAGUCCACCCAUUCCCAACCUCUAUUCGCUCCACAGCUGGAUGGGGCUGCUCACCGUGAUCCUCUUUUCUGCGCAGCUACUGUGUGGAUUCGUGGCUUUCUUGUUUCCUGGAGUGCGCCAGUGGUUGCGAGCUCAGUACCUGCCUCUGCACAUCUACUUUGGACUGGCCGUUUUUGUGCUUGCUGUGGCCACUGCACUAAUGGGGAUCCUGGAGAAGCUCCUCUUCACGCUGAAAGCAAACUACCAAACGCUACCUGGCGAGGCUGUGCUUGGCCACAUGAUAGCGGUGUGCAUGGUGUGCUUUGCCGCCAUGGUGGUGUACCUGACCACUCGAACAUCAUACCGUCGAACGCCUUUGCCAGAGGAGGCGACACUGCCUUUGCAAGCACACACACCCACUGAUUAAUGACAGAACAGAAGCUAAGACCCGGCUAUUGCUUUGAGAACUGCCCCUUUGAUCUGAUUUAAUAUAUAGGUAGCUUUCACACUGACAGUACCGAUCUCUGAACACAUUGUGAGAACAAUAGCAAAAUGUCUGGGGCUCGAAUUGGCCGAUCCGGUAGGGUGUGUUGAUUUUGUUUUGAUCUCUCCUGUUCUUUCCAAAAGUCCUCAUAACUCUUAUGUUUGUUGCUCAUGAAUAUCUCUAUAUGUCUAAAGAAACCAGAAAAGAAGAUGUGUUUUCUAUUUCUGCAGGAGAUGAUGUAAUGAGACUUGGCCCUCGGGUUUCUCCUGAGAAGUUUGUGAAUUCGAGAUUGUGAGGGGGCGAUUCUUUCAAAAACUAUUCUCUUGUGGAAUUUCACUUGUGCCCUUUUGUUCUUUUGGACACUUUUGUGCUUAUACAUACAUUUUGCCAUGAACUCUGACAAGUUUUCCUGUUCUGUGGCUUUCUGCAUGUUUGAUGAAUAGGCUAUUUUGCUGGAGUCCUUUAAUGUUUACUUUUCAAAGCCACAAAGGAUUCUUGCUUCAGAGUUCUCUUGUGAGAUUAACCAUGAUCUCAUCAAAGAAAUAGAUAAAAUGAUAAAAAUAGGUUCCAUCAUGCUGCAUGAUGAAACUCUAGUAGAAGGGAUGCAUGGAAAUAGAUACAAAGAAAUAAAUCAUAGAAAAAGUGCAAGUCAUAUGAAUUUUUUUUGUGUGCGUAAAACUUAAAUUCUUUUUACAUGCUUUUAAAACUCUCCACGUUUAUGAAAUAUUAGUGAUGAUGCAUAUCACAUAAAAGCUGAGCACAAGUGAAGUUAAGUUUUUGCUUCAAUUGGAAUUUACAACUUUUCAUUUCCUGUACUAAGACGAAACAUAAAGUAACAAUACAGCCGACUUCUGUUAAUUUGACCCUGAUGAGACCGACAAAAUUGAUCAAAUUAUGUGACGGGUUCAAUUAAACUAGACAAAAACUACAAUGCUGAUUAAUUUGGCAGUAUUUUCCAGAGUAUAACACGCCCCCGAAUCAAAUGCGUGUCAAUUUCUUAUGUGUCUAAAAUAGAAAACUAACAUAGAAAUGACAUUAAAGCUCCUAAACAAAGUAGAAAUCGUAACACACACCAGAUUUUUUACCAAGAAACAUUGGCAAGGGUCUAAUACGUGUUGUACAAUCUCCUUAGGGUGAGCCCAAAAUAGGCAUUUUCGAAGGGAGAGGACAAGUGCUUUACACAUUCACUGUACCUUAAGCUCCGCCAAGGCAAACGCUGCCACUACAGGGGCCGCUGUAGGGGUCACCGUAGGGGUCGGGCAUGUGCGUGCUGACUGGUCAAGUUUGAAUUAUCCGGCAAAGGCCAAUUUUAGGAUGAAAAUAACUAAAUUUAAGGCCCAUAGAAAUGCAUGGGCAAUGGCCGGGACCUUCGGUUGGGAUUGAAUUGAACCCAAAAUCCAUUUCAUUGGAGUCGAAUUAAUGGAAGUCUACUGUAUAAUUUUUAAAUGUGAAGCGGACAUCCUAGCAGUUAUGAGUCUGUCUGUAACCAAACUAAGUUAUUCUGUAAGAUCAUAAGGCAGCUUUUGUUUGUGCCUGACUUUGAAGGUAGGUUCAUUUGUGUGACCCUGUGCUUUGUUUUGUUUGAUAAAUACCAUGUCAACGCCACUACUGCAUCAACACAGCACAGCAUAACACUGAUUCUUGGUGUUGACUGUUUGCUUAGACUUUGACUUGAACCGUUGUGAUAUUUUGAAGUUGAUUUUGAGCUGCUCUCAGACAUGGGUUGAUGGCUUAUGCAGUUGGGCACACUAAGUUGCACAUCUUGGAUAAUGCUUUACAGCAAUUGUCAGUCAAUAUUCAAUAUAGCUUUUAAAGCUCUUCUGGAGAAUCUAUCCUAUAUUUUUCUGAUUUAAGAAGGUUGUGGUGUGCUGUGGAAGUCACAUAAUUUGUGACUCUUUCUUUGUUAACUUGUACUUUAACAUUUGCUGACAAUACUAUGCCAUGUUAUGUUUAUGCUUGUGAAUGUCUGGAAAAAGGCCCUGGUGUGUUUCUAGGGCUACCCUGCUCCGAUAAUUUUGUUAUUGUUUAGUGUACCUCUUUCCCUUCUUAUGUUGAUUAUUUAUCUCAUGAACUUUUUUUUGUGGGUUCAUCAUUAUCUCAAUGUACUUACACCAGCUGUGCUCGGUUAUUCAUUGUAAUUUAGAGCUGCUUGGUGAAGCUCGCAUGUUUACCUUUGAUGUGUGGGCCAUUAAGUCAGUUUUCUACAGCAAGCUGAUAUAUUUUUUUUUUUAAUCGAAAGUUUGUCCUUCAGCUUAAAACAUGUGAAGCAUGAAUAUGUACCUGCAUAAUUUGUUGUGUUCUUUGAAGUCUUAACAGGGAUCUGUGGUGCAGACCAUAGUUCACUGAACACUUUGUUUGAUAGCUAUCUGCCUGAAGCACGCAUGAGCAGAUGACUGUCAGCAUUUACUCGACUUAAAAUUUUUCUUGUAUAAAGCUAUAAGAUAAUUGCCUGAAGAAUGUCAUCACGGAUUCUGAAAAAUGGCCCUGACAUCUCUUGGUUCCUUUUUUGCUGUCACUUUGUUCAUUUCAUUGUGCAGCCUAAGCCACAGUAAGGGCAGCAUUUUGUAAUGAUUCUUUCCUUUCAUUUUCUUUUCCUCUGCUGUGCUGAGUAGCCUGUCCUUGUGAAAAUUAUGCUUGAUGGCAUGUGCAUGCAAGUGAAUGCAGUGCUCAGCGGUCAAUUCUGGCAAAAAUAGCGUGUUGUUACGGAAUGUACGAGACUGAAACAAAGGGAGAGAGGGAUUGUUGGAAAGAGAAUUAUUACAAAUUCUCACCUCGACAUUAGGUUGUCAUACAGUGGAAUAGAUCAUAAGUUCUAAGCUGCCAAAAAUGUGUCCUGAGACGUGCACAGUUGUACCGAGUGAAAAAAAAAUGUUUUUUUUUUUCAUUUGAACUGAAUUAUAUUUGUUCUUUUUAAGUCUAGCUAAGUAAACAGCGCUUGCUGUAGUGGGUAGAAAAUUGUUUUCUCCUAAACUGAAUCUUGCUGCUUUCCUUUUAUAUUUUGUUUCUUGUGCAAUGAAAGACAGCACCUGAAGUGGGAAAUGUACAGUUCUUGUACUUAUUCUGGUGUUAGUAAAUAAGUCAUUAAAAUUGCUUGCAAUCAGUUUUUCCUUAGCUGACUUUAGUGCUCCCUUGUGAUGGCAAGGCUUCAUUAACAGUGCAAUGAUAAAUUAUAAACAGGAUGCUCUUUGUAUGUUGUGCAUGCCUAAUUGUCUAUCAGCAUAGUAUUCCUUUGAGUUUCCCGUCUUUUUUGUUUAUUCUUUGGGGGGAAAGAGUUGGGAUUUUAUGUUAGCCGGGUGCCUCUUUGUUAAGUUAGAUUCGUUUACAUCACAUACAAGAAAUUAUAUGGAGGCAAAUCACAUUGGGUGCAUUGUACAAGAGAUGGACUUCGGUGUUUAUCCUCUGAGACUUUAUAUGACUUCUUCAUUUGUUUACGUAUAGCAGGGCAAAUCGGUUCUAUCACCCUGAAGUUGUAUUUAUGGCACAGGCACUACAGUCACAUGUAUUUGUUCUUUUAUACUGUGUUACAACCUGCUUUGUUGUAUAACAUUUUUCUGUGUUGUAAAGCUGUUCUUUUCUGAAUUUCAGUUCUUCAAAAUUAUCUUAUGCAUUUCAUUAUAAAUUUGUGGCCUGCAGCUUUUGUUUUGUGGUCUUGAGACAUUUGGCUACUUACUGUUGUCAUGGCCAUUGUAUGUAGUACCGGUCUGACACAUUUUGUCACUGCAUCUUUCUCUUCAUUUUCUUCCUGUCAUCUGUUUUAUGAAGUCAAUUGUGUUUUGGUUGUUUCAGUUUAAAUAUCAUGGGUGUUUUAACAAUCUGAGGGGACCUUGUUUAUGUACGUGUAUCUGUUUUAUUACAGGUAUUAUUAUCUUUGUUUAUCAAAAUCAUGCUUUGAAUGAUAAAUCUUUUACGCCUGAAGAUUUGCUUUGCUGAUUUAGUGAGCCCUAAGUUUACGUGGUCUGUCUUUAUGUAAUAUAUUUGAUGGGUCUUAUCUUUUUUAUAUUAGAUAUCUCCUUUGCUGAUUAGGAUAAUCCUUGUAAUUAUAGCAAAUGUGUGCCUUUCUUGCAUCAUCUUAAGAUAUAGCAUAUUGGCUAUGUAUUUGUUUAUUUUACCUUUUAGCUAUUUGUAUACAGAAGAAUUGGCAUAUCUCUUAUGUUGCAUUCUUUAGAGAGCUAUGCAUCACAAUAAUAGUCUUGUGGGAUACUUGCUUUGCACUUUAUUUAGCUGGAAUUUUACAUUUGCUGCCUCAUGUAAUGCAGGCCAGGAUUUUCAAAAUGAAAUUGUUUGUUCUUUGCUUGGUGAAACGAAAAAUUCUUUUGUCAUUGUGUGGCCUCAAUGUAGUCUUGUUGAUUGUAGUGUGUGAGGGCUGCCAUGGAAAUGCUGCAUUAAUAUGCUUAAAAGCAUUGCAGAUCUUCGUGAUAUGUCGUGAUAUGUGUAUGCUUAUAUAUAUGUCGUUUCUAUCUCUAUCGUCGAUAAAGCCUAAUGUUUGUACUAACAUGCUGUGAUGUGCCAUAAUGGUUGAAAAUAUAUCUUGUCUCGUACGCGGAGUCUAGUCUAGUCGUAGUGAAUGUAGCUUAUCUGUUACCCCUGCUACUAUUCAGAGAGUCUUUUUAUAGAUAUUUCUAUAUGGUGUUGUACUACUGUGUGAAGGAAAUGUAGCCACUGUUGUAGUGAUACCAUGAUGGUAAGAAAAAACAUUAACACUGUCAUUAACUUGACACGAAGGCGGCUCGAAACGAUGAAUUUGUAUAUAGUUGAGUUUAUUGAACAAGAGUGAUUGUCAACUUCAACAACAGUAGUUGCUACUAUGUUUCGUGUCUUCCUUUAAAUUGCAGAUUGCCCAAAGAUUUUUCUUCAAAUUUUGCUCCUUUAUGGCCUUUCCCAUUAGUCAGUGAACUUUGAAUUUUUGCAGAUUAUGCUAGGAUUAGGCAGUCUUGAAUGCAAGCUGCGUUUUAAGGACCAGAAAGCUUUUGACUUUGUCCUACCAUUAUGUUAUUUUGGUUCAUCUUUUUGCCUUGAUUCUCAUAAAUUCAUUCAGCAAACAUUCACAUCUUUUUUUGAUGUCAGUUUUCUUCGUUAUACUACAGAUUAUCACUACAUAUCAGUUUGCAUUGAAUGCCAGGGUUUGAGUGGGGUUGUGAGAGUUAUCUUUACACUGCCCAUGAAUGUAAAUUUGGCACUUUUUCAGAGUAUCAACUGCUGAAUCUUAAAUCAAUUCCUAAAGGCUGAUGUGCCUCCAAAAUGCGUUACGUUAGUGCAGGUUUGCAUUGUGUUGAUUGAUCUUAUACCAUAUCACUGAAUGUCUAUCUUCUGAAACCAAGGGUGGUAUCUCUUUGAUACUGUCUACUAAAGCACAUCUAAAAUGCACCUGCUUUGUUACCCAUAUGUAUCGUGUGUUUCUUGUGUGGUUUGCUGCCCAAGUUUUUGUGGAGUUUUAUUCUCUGUUAAUAACUACUGGAGACAUUACUUUCAUUCCAUGCUGAUAAACUAAAGCAGCGGAAGUUGGUGUAACGAGAAGUUGCUGGCAGCCACAUCUAGGUGCAAUAGAAAAGGGAAUCACUCUGCGAAUGUGAAGAAAGGGCAGCACAGAAGAUUACGCAUAGAAUUAGGGCACGCAUAGAUUGAAAGCACGUCUUGCUCGAGUGGGCAACUUACAGAGACGAUCGAUAUUGAUAUCAGAUGAAUAUGGAAAUGCUCUACCAAGGCUAUCUGACAUUGAAGCAUAUGCCGAGUCCAUGGCCUAGCCAAUCGAAACAGCGCAAAGCACUUUGUCUUGUUUUUAUAUAUUGACUCGAUAAGCUUGUUCUAAAAACUACGACCCACCCACUUCAUCUUAUCAAGAAUGCUAGUUUUUGUAUUACAAGAUUCACAAGAUUAUCUGCCUUCAUCGCCUAGGACACUUGCUCUGCUAAUAAGAUUAGGAAACCUGCAACCUUUGCUCUUUAUUUCUUUUCUAUUCUUCUGCUUCUUCUAGGGCCUUUCUUCCUCUCGGUUCCAUUCCCUGCUGAGUAGCAUGUCAGCGAAUAUACAAACGCCAAACGCUGUGCUUUUCAAUAAAGAGCACUCUCUCUAUUCCCCUAGAUUGGGAUAGUGCAGUGCUGUGCUUACACUAUUUCUGUGUGUCCUCUUGUAUAUUGUUGCUUUGUUUACAUUAUGAAGUAAUUCCCUUCCAUAAUCAUGAACGAGCUAGCCUCUCAAGAUGUUCUUCUUAGGUGGACUACCCCUCAGUGUUAUGUUGGUGUUGUGUCAUCAACUAUGUUGAUAGAAUUGACCACAUUAACACUGAGACAUUAACCAAAUGUCUCUGAAGCAUUGUGCUGGUUGCUAUGUUAAGCGAAGAUGAAAGCAUCAUUGAAAUUCGUUUACUGAGAAUAUGACUCGCACAUUGCCCAGAGGACUCUUUUGAAGAUUAUCUUGUGGAGGUUAAGCCAGUCUGAGCCCUCCAAUGGUAAUUAGCCUAGUUUUUGUAGACAGUCUGUGUGGGGUGUUCAUUAGAAAGGUGACGUAUCAGAACACGUUGAAAUAACUGAAACUUUUGUAAAGUUUUUGAUAGCAUGUACUGAAUCUGGAUAGGAGGAGCUCAUAUGAGCUUUAAGCACUUUUGUUUGUAUAGACAAACACUGCACAUUUCGUCCUUGUUCCUCUCCCUUCUAAUUUUGCAAGUUAUUUGUGUGGCAACGCUGUAAAUCUUGUGGCACACAUUCAGAAUGCUAUUCAUUUAAAUUGGACUUUUUGCGUGUGGUAUGUGCUACAUAUUUGCCUCAUAUGCUGGCCUUAUUUGAGCACUUUACAACUCUUAUUAUAGGUCCUAGAAGGAGGCUUUUAUAAAUUCAUACCUACAGUUAGCUUGUGUUGAGAACAACAUGGAAUCUGAGUCAUGUGUAGCAACACUUUGAAAAAAAAAAAAAAAAUUCAUUUCACAUUGCACAAGAGGUCAGGAAGUAGAGGCAUUAUGAGUAAGUUAAAACACUGGCGUUAACCUUUUAUUCACUGUGCAGGGUGUCCCACGCAACUUGUGGCAAAAUUUAAAAAAAACGUGAGGUAAAAACAAGGUAAUGUUUUUUGCCAUUGCUUGAGCAAGUUGCUCUAUUUUUUGAAUUUUGCCUAAUCACAUUAGUUGUUAUUAAUUCCUUAACAUCUGAAAUAUUAUAAUCAGUCAAAUUGUCAAUCAGCAAAUUGUAGGCAAUCAUGAAAAAAUUCCUGAUCCUCUCUGUUGCUCAAUAUGUCCUCCAUAAAAGUUGUUUCCAAGCUUUGAAAAAAGCCCACAAAAGACGAAAAAAUGCCACGAGACUAGUUGCGCAGCACUUUUCGCGUGCUUUUGCGGGCUUCUUUCUUCACCUUGUCCUUAUCAAGCCGCGAUUUCACUGAAAUGCUGUGCGCUCGCUGCGAACCUGGCUGCUGCUGCACGCAGCGAAUGGGCUAAUCGCGCUGGCUCAGAAGUGCCCAUCAUCUUGUGCAAAGUCACUGUUAAUACGCUGCGAUCACAUUAAUGCAUCACUGACAGAGGGGAAAAACAAGAUUAAACCCCAGCUUACCACUGCCGCGCGAGGCCAGAACAAAGUGGCAGCGAGCAGCCGAGCAAGUGCGUGCGAUUGGUGAUAGAAAGAAUCGGGAAAGAUGAGCUGGGAGCACCGCCCGACACGGCGUUUGACUUGGCUAGCAAGAUGCCACCGGUUAAAGAGCGCGUGCGAGCGACACUGCCUACACUGCCCCGUUGCCUUUUUCCUGGCAUUUUCAAAGUGGAGAUUUUGAGAUCUCCAGAGUCCAAUGCAAAAACUUCGAGAUAAGAGGUGAAAAAAUGGGUGGAAAGCAUGGCCGGAAAAAAGAAAUUGACUUAAUCGAUAUUUCGAGACAUCAGAGUUUGAGUUAAUGAGGGUUGACUGUAUGUGUGACAGUUCAACACAGUAUGGUUGAAGAAAGCCAGUCCACCUAAUGUGCACUGUGUGCAAAUAUGAAAGGGGACACCUGAUUUGUAUUCCAGACAGUUAACUCCCAUUGGUUUUUGCAGCUAAACGAAGUUCACUUUGUCCGGGUAUAGAGUGUGAGAUCUGCCAAUUGCAGUCAGCAGCAAAAAAUAGCCGUAUUUAAACUGCUACAGUGGUUAUUGUGUGAACACCAAUUAGGUGUUUUCUUUGAUCUUGGUGACUUUCCUGUACAUUUCCAGUGGAGCACACUUUUGUUGUAACAAAUGCAGUGAGCAAAGCAAGAAAAUACUUUUUUUUAGCAAAGUGCAAUGUGUUGCUUGGAUUUCUAUCUUCUCUGUGAAUUUGGUACCUGCCUGUUUUCUUAAUCUUCACACUAUAGCAGAAAGUAAAAUUUUGGCUUGUGGAGCUUCAAUAACAUUGUCUUGUAACUAAUCCUUCAUCUGUUGACAAAGUUGUUGAAGCUAGGUUUUCUCUUCAUGCGUGUGUAGUACACUUGUCGGUAUUUGUUCUUAUUUUUUCUUGCUGCCAACAUGAACGACGAAGUUGAAAGAAGUAACAGUGUGUCUGUUUCCAUGCCUGUCAGUGUGUGUAUGAGUUGGACGUGGUGCUUUGGGGCCAAAACUGGUUUAACCUGACAACACUUGUGUUCAGGCAGGUCGGUUUGCAUUUGUAGUAUGUUAUUCAGUCCAGGACGUACACAUGAAAGGCACGGCAGGACAAGGACUUGCCUUGUGCUCCUUUAAUUUAACUGAUUUGUGCUGAAUGAAUACCACAUUGUGACCUUACAAAUGUUGUAUUGAAAGAAAUGCAAAACUGGGCAUAACUUUUCUAUUAACUGAUCCAGAAAGUUGAAAUUAUACAUGACUAGAAUAUUUCUUCUUGUGCGCAGUAGUAGUCAAGUUAGAUGCCUGCUAUGAAGGCAAUGCAUUUGUGCCAGAUCUGCUUUGAAAAAGAAAUCUUUGGUGGUCGCUAUUGUGCUAUUCCUUUCACCUACUCUGCAUCAUCCAGUCAUUGCAGCAAGGACUUCUUUUCACUGAAGCUGAAGUGGGAUAGCUACAAAUCUGGCUUGCACGGUCAGCAGGAAACAAGUAUUCUGUCAAAAUUUGCGCCAGACAGCUGCAGCCACUAGCAGUCUCUUUAACAUGACGUAAAAAGGCAAAAAUAUGGCCACUUUCAGGGAACUUUUUUUUCACACCUAGUCUGUGCCUAGCUUUUGUAGGGGAGGUUGUACAGUGACCCACUUGUGCAAAAAUCACGUACAUGUCCCCUUGUCAUUGACAAUUCAGCCAUUAGACUGGUUCCUACCAUGUUGAUAUUUGCUAAGUACACCUUUCCUCUUAAACCUUAUUUAUCUGUCUCAUGCCAUUGCAUAUGUCAAUGACUUGACCAUGAUGAUUCUGCUGUAUUCUGUGGAUGUUGAGCCUACUGCACCUUUCUUCGUCAAAAAAUUCGGGAGAAAACAUUGCUUUUGCUUUGCUUAUCGCAGGGAGAGCCUUCGUCCUGCAGUGGACAUAAAUAUAGGCUGCUGCUGAUGAUAAUGAUGAAGAUGAUGAUACCCGAACUUUUGCAUACUAGAAGGAUGACUAGCCACUUUGACCACGUUCAUAAUUUGAACGACCUAUGCCAGUUGUUAUGCCUGCUUUCGCAUUAUACCUUAGGUUAAUACCCGCAUUGAAUGGCUGGCUACAUAACCAUGACAUAUCACAAUGUCAAAUAAUAAAAUGUAAAUCAUUUAUAUUUUCCUGUUUGUAUUUCAAUUUAGGUUGUUGGUAUACAUUUAUUCCUUUCAAAUCUUGGCUUGCUGAUAUGAUGCAAAAGUCUGCUACUGUGGGUUUGUGUUUGUGUGCACUAGUAUUUAGCUCCUCGUGGUUGUUGUGAAGCACGCUGUUGUCAAUUACUGUUGUAAGAUUGCAUGGCCUAUGCAGCGGACGUUGCUCAUAUCACUGACACUGCUUUUGUUGUUGCUUUUGGUGAGCAAGCUGUUGAUGCAAGGCUGGUUGUACGGCACCAUUGUCUUUCCGGAUGUGUCUCCUUUGUGAACUUGCGGUCUGUAAUGUGCAAAAUAAAAACAAAUGGGCAACGCAGGA